AUGACUGUAAAUGAUGACAAUGAAUGCUCUGUUUUCCGUGAUGAGUUUGAUCUGGCCAUACUUCAGCUGCAAGAGAACAAUCGGCUGGAAGAUCUCAAGCGGAAAUGGUGGGAUGGAGGAAAAUGUCCAAAGGAGGAAGACCAUCGAGCCAAAGGUCUGGGUAUGGAAAAUAUUGGCGGUAUCUUUGUGGUAUUAAUCUGCGGUUUAAUAGUGGCGAUUUUUAUGGCCAUGCUGGAAUUCCUAUGGACUGUACGGAAUUCUGAAGAACCCAAGGCUUCCGUAUGCCAAGAGAUGGUGUCAGAGCUAAGUAGUAUUAUCCUCUGCAAGGACAGUUUCAUGCCUCGUCGAAGACGUGGGGGGGUGGUACGUACUAGGCCACUUACUCCAGAUGAUAGACGGGGACGUAACACUAGUAUCCUUAGUAAUGGUAAACUGUGUGGGGGCACUGGCCCUGAUCCUUUGGCACAGAGACUAGCACAAGAAGCAGCCCUAGUUGCUCGUGGAUGCACACAUAUCCGUGUAUGUCCGGAGUGCCGUCGUUUCCAGGGUCUCCGGGCUCGUCCCUCUACUGGUUCUCCUGCACAUAGUGAAGAAAGCUUGGACUGGGAAAAGACAACGAACAGCAGCGAACCGGAGUAGAACUACCCACUUGGGACAAAAAAGCUUUGUGUUUUUCUUUGUUUUUUUUUACAUGUGAAAAAAAUUAAAUUUUCUUCUUUUUACUACUGGAGCUACAAGUGGAAAAUCUCCAAUAAUGGUUUAUUAUGUUGAUAUUAAAAGUCCUAUUAAAAUGACAAAAAUAACUUUUUUCCGUCAUACAGGCUGGAAAGAUUUUGAACCCAAGAUAUAUUCAGUCAAUCCUUCUAUUGCCAAAGUGGUUUAAGGGGGCUGUAGAAUGAUUUUGCUAUUCUCUAAGAAGGCACCAAGUAUAAACUGAUGGUAAAACAAAGAUUAUGGUUUAGCAGUCUCGCCAUAAGAUGCCAAAAAUUGUUGAGAAACAAAAUCUAUGACCUUGAGUUGGAUCUGUAAAGGUUAUGUGAUUCAUCCAGUGCCCAUGUAUUUCUGGAAAAAAUAUACCUUCAUAUCAUGCUAGUUUAGCCUAAGUUACAUACUAGCUACACAAACACUCUGAAGAUUAUGUUUAAAGAUUAACACAAAACAUGGUAAAUGAUACAGGACCUUGCUGUUUGCUCAACAACAUAAAAAAAAAUCCAUCCCUUCCAGGAGUCUAGAGAAAAUGUUCUGCAUUAGAAGGAUCUAAAAAGGAAAACUUUUAUGGUGAAAUCUUAAAUUCUAUGCAAUUUCUGUAAAAUAAAGACAUACAUUCUUAAAA